AUGGUUUGCACAGACCGGUUUUCCCUCGUUAAGCAAUCCAUCAGCCCAUCAUCUAUGAACCUUAUUCAAAACAUGAUACCUUCACUUCCAGCUGAUUGCCUUGACGGAAUAUUGCAAUAUUUGCAUGACGACGCUGGAGCCUUGUACUCUUGUAUGUUGGUAAAUAGACUUUGGUGUAGAAGAGUGGUGCCAAUCUUGUGGAGUAAUCCUUGGAAAAGUAGACAACUUCUUAUAGAUCACACUCCUUGGCCAGCUAUAGUGAGAACACUUUUAUCCUGCCUUUCGGAAGAAUCAAAACAAAUAUUGAAAAAUAACGGAAUAGAAUUAUCAGCACAAACCUCAAGACGUCCGUUGUUUGAAUACAUAGAAUAUUGUCAGUACUUGUCCCCUUAUGUGAUCGAUAUUGUGAAACGCGAGACGGUUGGAGACAAAACUCACUCAGGUCUACCAAGAGCUUAUCGAGAAACACUAGUGGAGCAAGAAUUUUAUAAGAUGUUCAUGGCUAGAACUUUCUUAAAAUGUCUUGCAUUGCCAAAAAUUUCAUUAUCAUACUGUCCAAACGCAAACAAGUGCCUGGAGAACCUACGAGAACUCAAAUGUCAUACUGAUCGAUCGCCAGAGUUAUUUUAUGGAUUAGCACAGGUAUCUCGUAAUAUUUUACGAUUGACUGUUUAUCCAUGUGAUGAAGAUAAUGAAGGAUUAGUGACACUGAUCAAAUUACAAAAUGGAUUACAAUCAUUAGUACUGGGAUCAUCGGAAAACUUUGUUAGCGAAUGCCCAAGGACAGGAUCUGCAUUGACCACGCAAGCACAUUCUCUGACGUGCAUCAAAUUUAGAGAAAGUCUGUGUAUUUCACCUGACACCCUUCCGUCAUUUGUGAACUUGAAAAUUCUUCAGCUUGACAUUUCGACGAGAAUUCCCAAUAUGGAACAGUUAACAAAAACUUAUUUGCCGAAGCUAGAAAUUCUCGAUAUUUUCCGCGACGAGAUUACACCUUUCCAUAUUUAUUCUAGACUCAUCGAGAACGCGUCACCAGGUAUUCAGCGAGUUUAUUGGGAAGCAAUUAGUCCACCUUCAAGUUCUUCCGAAAUAAAAAAUUAUUUUCGGAUUCUAUCCUUGUCCCGUGAAUCCUUGAAAUUUGCUUCUGUUUGGUGGGAUGAGGAAUGCAUAGAGGAUCUUUAUGAACUACUUGUCUCGUGUCAUCAGCUGGAGGCUAUUAGGAUUUGCUGCACAAAUGAUGAAGAAUUGAUAUUAAAUAAAGGAAAUGAGAUAUUCGAAUUGUUAAAAAGAGCAAUACCUAGGAGUCUGUGUAUACUAAACUU